AUGGGUGGGGAUGCAAGCGCAGUCUCUUCUUCAGUACUGCCUCAUGCUUCACUCGCCCAUGACCAGGGACCUCUUCACCUUGCUAUCGUUGUCACACUUGUCUUGAUCGCGCUCGUCAUAUAUUCUUUAAGGGUAUUUACACGUGCAAGGCUACUUCACUCAUUUGGCUUUGAUGAUGGACUCAUGUUUCUGGCUGCACUGUGCGCAGUAGGCGUUUUCGUUACAUUUACUGGAUUAGUAGAGCUAGGUCUCGGACGAGAGGAUCGAGACACUGAAUCCCCAGUUGAGAGCGGACGGUUGGGUCCAUGGAUCUGGGCACUAAAAUCAGUCUAUAUAUUUGGGCUUGGGCUGGUAAAGCUGUCAGCCGCCUUCACGCUCUUGCCCGUGUCCAAUUCCAGAUUCCACGCCUAUGUAUACAUUUGCCGUGGAGUUCUAAUCAUUGGGAUUAUGUUCUUGAUAUUCUGGCAUACACUUGAAUGGUUCAUCUCAAUUCUCAUUCAUUGCAUGCCUCUUGUCGCAGCUUGGGACUUCUCAUAUGGCGGGAACGCAAAGUGCAUGACGCCAAUCGAAUCUCAGCAUUGGGCUAUGGCAAAUUAUAUAACCAAUACAACUUCCAGUCUCUUGUUGGUUAUACUUGCGGUCCCUACCAUUCUCGGCUCAUCUUUCAAAAUUGGCAUCAAAUUAUACCUCGCACUAGCAACUGUGUUGGCGCUUUUCGCAUGCGCCAUUGCUAUAAUACGAAGCCGAAUGGUCAUUGUUUACUGGGCUGAAGUAGGGGAUAGAGGCAGAUACGAUUUGUCCUUCAUGACCUGGGGCACUGUCGAACUCACGACAGCUAUGAUAGCCGUGAAUCUUGGUACCUUGAUACCUCUUGGUGGAGCUAUCAAAACACCAACAACAGAGUCUCCAACUCGGCGCUCUCCCCCAAAAAUCUCCGGUCCGGUAGCGGGAAGCGCUGUUCACGUAUCCCAUGGCGACGUUGACUCCAUCUUCAAUGCCGAGCCCAGCGCCUCCUCCGAAUCAAAGCAGCGCAACAGUCAAUACUCUGGCCGAACAAUCAUGUAUCGCCCCAACACUGCAUACUUCCCCGCAAGUUACACACACCCCAGCCUUACGCGCUUCCACGACGACGAAUCAAACCUAGAUUUCGACAUCGAAACCCCCUCCACCCGAUCGACGCGCAAACUGAGAAAACCAUUUCCACCUUCCCGCUUUUCUGGAUCGACAACAUAUACGGUUGACACGCGCCGAAUAAGUGAUUGGUCGCAACUAAGUGGGUUCACAUACUACUCGCAUGCAUCGUCGCCUGAGUUCAACAACCCACAAGAGAGCAAUAACAGAAUGUCAGCUGGUUCAAAGGAGCUGGAAGAAUUUCAUAUGCAUUCCGGGAGAGAUUCAGGGAGCGGGAGCAGUGAAGGCGAUCAGAACCAAGAGAUUCGUGUUGUUUCUGAUGAAGAGAGAAGGAGCGGAGGGUUUCCAACUAUCUUCCUGGAAGACGACGUGAGGCACCCAUACAGUAUCAGGGGUUAA